AUGAUUGAAGUUAUUAAUUCAAAAUUAGGAAAGAUUAGUCUAACAGCACUCGCUGCCGUUGGUGCAGGUGUCAUAACUAUCAAACUGUACUACCCUAAGUAUGAUCUCUUUAAAAUACAUCGUAUUCCUUUCUUCAAAAAAGAAAAUCUUCUAAUAAAGGAAAACGAAGACAAUGUUAACAUCAAAGCACUAGCAGAUCUUGAAUGGUCCAGCUGUGGCCAAAGCCAAUAUCCUGGUUCAAUCUACAGGACACAUUUCUCCUCAAUCCCCUGCCUGUUGUGGAUUUUCCCUGGUGGUCUUCCCUUAGGACUUCUUAUAGUAACACCGAUCAAAUGGCUUCAAAGCUUCAAAACAAAGUCAUUGAAAAAUGGUACAACUGAAAUACAGGAAGAAAGAACAAAACCAGAUGAAAAAGUAAAUGACUCAAGAACGGAUGAGGAAUCACUCGUUCAGGAAAAAUCAGUGUCCCAACAAGAAGUUGAGGACAACACUGUAAAGGAAUCAUUCCUCCAACAAACAUCAGUAUCACAAAAAGAGGUAGAGGACAUCACUGUAGAGGAAUCAUUCAUCCAGCAAACACCAUUGUCACACCAAGUAGUGGAGGACAUCGCUGUAGAGGAAUCAUUCCUCCAGCAAACACCAUUGUCACACCAAGUAGUUGAGAAAGUCACUGUAGAGGAAUCAUUCCUCCAGCAACUACCAGUGUUAAAACAAGUGGUCGAGGAAGUCACUGUAGAGGAAUCAUUCCUCCACCAAACAUCAGUAUCACAACAAGUAGUGGAGGAAGUCACUGCAGAGGAAUCAUUCAUCCAGCAAACACCAUUGUCACACCAAGUAGUGGAGGACAUCACUGUAGAGGAAUCAUUCCUCCAGCAAACAUCAGUAUCACAACACGUAGAUGAGGAUUUCACUGUAGAGGAAUCAUGCCUCCAGCAACUACCAGUGUCCCAACAAGUAGUGGAGGAAGUCACUGUAGAGGAAUCAUUCCUCCACCAAACAUCAGUAUCACAACACGUCGAUGAGGAUUUCACUGUAGACGAAUCAUGCCUCCAGCAACUACCAGUGUCACAACAAGUAGUGGAGGACAUCACUGUAGAGGAAUCAUGUGUCCAAGAAACAUCAGUGUCCCAACAAGUAGUGGAGGACAUCACUGUAGAUGAAUCAUUCCUCCAGGAAACACCAAAGAAACAACCAGUAGUGGAGGACGUCGUAAAGGAAUCAUUGCUGCAGGAAAUAGAAGAGGGAAGAACACUUAGCGAACAUCUUGACGUGUCGCCUACUGAGAAAUUAUUACUCCAGAAAAGCCCAAAGUUAGAACAACUUGUAGAAGAUUUUCCUAGUGAGAAAUUAUUCCAAGAGGGAAGAACACAGAGCGAACAAGUUGUGGAGGAUUGCCCUAAUGAGGAAUUAUUGCUUCAGAAAUGCCCAAAGACAGAGCAAGUAUUGGAGGAUUGUUUUGCCGAGGAAUCAUUCCUUAAGGAAAAAAUACAAACAGAACAACGUGUAGAGGAAUUGAUUGCCGGAAAAUCGUCCCUACAAGAAAGAACUGAGACAGAAGAAGUAGUGGCGGACUCUGCUGCUAGAAAACUAACUUCUCACCCAAAAGUAGAGGUAGAAAAACUGGACAAGUCGCUACCUAGCGCGGAAAAAUCUUCUGUUGGGACGAAGUCCAAAAAUAAGCAUAAGCAACGUCUAAAAAAGCUUGAAAGAUGCUGUAGCAAGUGUCCCUCUAGAAAUAUACAUGCAGACAAUGGAGAAAAAGACAAAUAUAUUUCUUCUAACAGUCCAAAUAUCCCUUGCUCGGAGACGAACAAUCGGAAGUCAUCCACUAAUACAGAGAAAGUAGUAGAAGCGUCAGUGAGUGACUAUUUUACACAACAUGCAAAGUCUUCAGUGGUACGAAAUGAGCCUUGUAUCGUUAAAUAUGACAAUCAAGACAGAUCUUCCGGAAACGGAAAGAAUAGAUCGAAAAAGAAAAAAGGGAAAACGUUAUUUAGCAAUUCCAUUGCUUACGGUCAACGGAAUAGAGAUGCGCAACCUAACGUUUCAGAAAACAGAGUUCAGCCGCUGGACAAGGGAACGCUGAACACGCCUAAAAUCUCAAGCAGCUCAAAUAAGGUUUCCUCUCCAUUUGAAACACACCCAAAGAAGGAUGCUGAGAAAGAUAGAGGAUCAAAAGCAUAUGCAGAUAGGAAAAUGGACCAUACUACUUCAGCUUGUGCGAAAGCACCGCCUAACGCGGAGAUAAAAGGAGGGCUAGAGAAAGAAUCAGCAUUCAAACUGGAUGAUCGUCCAUCAUGUAAGAAUGUAAAAUCUAGGAAGGAAUCUACUGGUUUCUACAGAGAGGUCAUUGACAACAACAGUACAAGAAAUGUACCCGGGAAAAAUGAAAACAGGGACGCCUCCCAUUCAGGAAAUAACAAGCAUAAGAAAAAGAAAUCGUACAGCAAGGUACUUUUUAGUAAUUCCAUCGGAUACGGUCAAGGCUCAAACACAAAUGGCGCCACCACUGACAGUAAGUUACAAGUACCAGAUUCAUUUCCUCCUAUAUGUCGUCAACACUCCAAGCAGUCUUCUACUUUGACUUCCAAAUCACCGUCUGCGCACGCUUUUCCCAAGUGGGGAGGUAGCAUCGGCAGUGUUUUCUUUACAAACACCUGUUCCAUUGACAAUUGGAUUGUAAUCUUCCAUCAUCUCUGCAUGGAAAAUCAAGCCAUUAAAAAACGAAUACAAAGGCCAGAUGGGAAAUUUUUGAAACAACUGGAAGACCUUUAUAACUCUGGACAGUUUGACAAGUUGAAAUAUCAACUAAUGAAAGUUAAUAAGAUCCCAGACUUUCGUGGUAGGGUUGAUUUCUUCGGAAAUGAGUGGAAUAACUAUAUUAGACACAUGGACUUGUUUUUCAAAAACACCCAGUUGUCUACAUGCUGUUCUAGAUACUGUCCUGCGAAGGAAAGAUAUUUAACAAACUCUAAUUGCAUCACAUGGGCAAAUUGUGACAUCUCACUAUCUGAGGAGGUACAAGUAUGGUUCCAGCCAGAGAAAGAAGUUUCUUAUUGCGGGCAGAAAUUUACAUCUCGCCCUCCACAAGAAGCUCCAAUAGUUGUUCAGAGUAAUAGCGCGUUGUGUUGUGAUGGUCGCAGAAGAACCCAUGCCAGGUCUUUCAAGGAUGGGCUGCCUCUCAUUAUACCCGUAGAUGUAGAGCUCAUGUCGCAAAUAAAGACGGAUUUGAACUGGAAAGAUCUCCCAGAAACCAUCGAUGUGCUGAAUACCAGAUAUCAGCUUAACGCAGCGACUUUACUAAACGAAACAGCGCGUCAUUACACGUGUAUAUUUAGAUAUCACAAUGAAUGGUUUUACUAUGACGGAAUGGUCAAUGGUGGCAACCCAACUGUCUUCACCCAAUUCCCUGUGCAAUAUCGUUUAUCUACGUGUAUAUAUGUCAGAAAAUAAGUUUUUUUUUGACGAUAACUUACCUUUUUUCAGCAAAGAUUUUUGCUUAAUCAUUGUUCAGUAUCCAUCAAUUAAAUUCCACUCUCUUUUGUACAUA